CAGUAGCUAAUACAUACCCGCUUGGAUUGUCUCAUAGUACGCACGAUUUUUGUUUUGUUGUUAUCAACUUCACUAAGGAUUACUCUCGCACGUCAUAAAACCGCCAUGAAUAAGUUUGGUAUAGUUCUGCUAGUGGCCACAGUUAGCCUGGUGGCUGGUAAUGCUAACAAAAUGUCAGCCACUGACCUUGCCCUGGACGUGUACGAAGGAUGUCUGAAGGACUUUUCCGUGUCGUGUGUGAAGCCCAGAGCAAUGGCAUGGAUCGAUGAGGCUAUCAAACAAAAUGAGAUCCUUAUCACUGACCAGAUGUCAAUAGUGCGGACAUCGGAAGAAGCUUAUCCAGUGACAGAACAGCGAGCUAAUGGAGAUUUGGAAUUAUUUGACAAGGUCGACAGAUUUCUUGCCACCCACGCUCUUCGUGUCAAGGCUCCUGAAUUCUUCAGCACUGAGGAGGCUCGUUCGAUGAUUCCAAGCUUUUUGAGUGACAAUCCAUUGACUAAAGGCGCUUUAGUUCCUCUUUCUGACGAAAAUCCAAUGGAGCAAGGUCGUGGAUUCGUGAGGAAAGUCAUGCUCCCAUUCUUGUUGGGAUUAAAACUCAAGACCACCGUCCUAGUUCCACUUGCCCUCGCCCUGAUCGCUCUCAAGACAUGGAAGGCCAUGACUUUGGGUCUUCUUUCAUUGGUUCUUUCUGGAGCUUUGGUUAUUUUCAAAAUUGCCAAACCAAAGGUUGUCAAUUACGAAGUUGUUCACUAUCCACACCAUGUGGACCAUGUUGAACACCUCCCACACCAUGUUGAACACAUUGUUCCUCACCACUUAGAACACCAUGUUGAACACAUUCCACACCACGUAGAACAAUACGACAUUCCCCAACACUACAACCACAUCGAACAUGUGGAACACAUCGAUCAUCCUGCCCAAGGCUGGGAACCAUCACACACCCAAUGGGCGAGAUCUUCAGUUGAGAAUAUGGAUGCCCAAGAUAUCGCCUAUGCCGGGCAACAACAGCAACAACAACAACAACGACGACGACGAUAGACCCUUCCCGAUUAACCACAACCAAAAAAUUGCGAACGAGAUCAAACUCCGAGAAAAGUCCUUAGAUUAAAAAAAGAAUAACUAUAAAACUUAGCAAAACAGAAACUAACAUUGAUGCUUUCAUAAACGUCAUUCCAAAGAUUUGCUUGUACGAGUAUUUAUUAAAAAACAAACAAAAAAAACAUAAUUUAUUGAACAAAAAUACAAAUUUUAUUUAUAAUUUUGUAAAUAAACUUAUUUAAUUAAUUUAAAUGAAA